GACAUCGGGGAACUUUUGGCAUACUAACUAUAUCCAUAUUAUGACCAAUAAUCAUACUAUAUACCCAAUCACGUUACAAAUAGUGUGGUUUAGUAUGAGUAUUUUAACACAGCUCUACGGUCUGGUUUAAUUUAAAAGAACGGAAGGAGGAUCUUUCAUCCAGGAAGUGAAUUCAACCAAUAGGAUUUGGGCAAAAGCGUCCUAAACUGACGUCAACCCGGUAACGAUGAACAACCGGUAGGAUUGUAGAGAAAUCUGUGCUGAUUUUCCGUUAACUGAAUUGUUUUAAUAUACUCAUCUAAAACGUGCAAACAUCAUGGUUUUCGAUGUGAGGAGGUUGGAUAUCUACAGGAAAGUACCCAAAGACCUGACCCAGCCCACGUACACAGGAGCUGUGGUGUCCAUUAUCUGCUGUGUCUUCAUGUUGUUCCUGUUCCUCUCUGAGCUGAAGGGAUUCAUAGCCACUGAAAUUGUUAACGAGCUGUAUGUGGAUGACCCUGAUAAGAACAGUGGUGGGAAGAUUGAUGUGAGUUUGAACAUCAGUUUGCCAAACUUACACUGUGAUUUGGUGGGUCUUGAUAUCCAGGAUGAGAUGGGUCGUCAUGAGGUGGGGCACAUAGAUAAUUCCAUGAAGGUUCCUCUCAACCACGGACAUGGCUGUCGCUUCGAGGGAGAGUUCACUAUUAACAAAGUACCAGGUAACUUCCACGUGUCGACCCAUAGCGCCACAGCCCAGCCCCAGAGCCCUGACAUGACACACCUCAUACACAAACUGGCCUUCGGGGAGAAACUACAGAUGCAGAAUGUCCAAGGAGCCUUUAAUGCGUUGGGAGGAGCUGACAGGCUGGUCUCCAACCCUCUGGCAUCUCAUGACUACAUCCUAAAGAUUGUCCCAACAGUCUAUGAAGACCUGAGUGGAAAACAGAGGUUCUCCUACCAGUACACAGUAGCCAACAAGGAGUACGUAGCCUAUAGCCACACAGGAAGGAUUAUCCCAGCUAUCUGGUACCGCUAUGACCUCAGUCCAAUCACAGUCAAGUACACAGAGAAGAGACAACCCCUCUACCGGUUCAUAACUACGAUCUGUGCUAUCAUCGGGGGGACGUUCACGGUAGCAGGCAUCAUAGACUCCUGUAUAUUCACAGCCUCCGAGGCCUGGAAGAAGAUCCAGAUAGGAAAGAUGUCCUGAGGACAUAUCACUACGCUGUCCCGAGGACGCAUCACUACAUGUCACUACGCCCUCAUAAAACAUAUUUCUAACAUCCAGAAGGGUGUAUCUCAAUAGUCUACAGGCUUCCUCUCCUUCACCUGCUAGAAUAAUAAUAUAUACCAUUUAGCUGACGGUUGUUUCCUAAGCGACUUAGUCAUGUUACACAUUUUUCUUUAUGGGUGGCCCCAGCGGGAAUCGAUCCCACCAUCCUGUCGUUACAAGUGCCAUGCUCUACCAACUGAGCCUUUACAUUCCUUCAUCUAUCAGAGCAGAGGAAGGAAAGGAGACGAGGCGAGGAAGCGAUUCCAGACUAUUGAGAUGCACCCAGAGACGGGCAGUAUAUUUCCCCAGAUGACAACCGGAUGGAUGGUUAACUGAUUGUUUUCAAAUGGCACCGUUUACCCUUUUAUAGUGCACUUCUUUUGGAGCCUCAUAAAUAGUGCACUUCUUUUGGAGCCUCAUAAAUAGUGCACUUCUUUUGGAGCCUCAUAAAUAGUGCACUUCUUUAGGAGCCUCAUAAAUAGUGCACUUCUUUAGGAGCCUCAUAAAUAGUGCACUUCUUUUGGAGCCUCAUAAAUUGUGCACUUCUUUUGGAGCCUCAUAAAUAGUGCACUUCUUUUGGAGCCUCAUAAAUAGUG